AUGCUGUUCUCCGAUACUCACAUAAUAUAUGGAAGGAUAGGAGUUUCAACCGUGUUUAAAGUUUAUGGCUGCGUUCGACUUGACAAGCAAAUCUCUGCUGGUCUCGAAUCUAUGGCAACUGUAAUCCUAAUUGACGGUGCGACCGGCAAGAGGGAUUCCAUAAAAGAUGAGCGCAUAAGACAGCUGGAGAACAACGAGAAAUUGUAUAUACGUGCUAUACAAUUGUAUGAACAAUCGCAAGAAGGAAUGGAAUCUGAACUCACAAUGUUGCGCAAGGAAGUGGAACAGAUGAAGCUUUGUUAUGAAAUUGAAAUAGAAUCGCAGUUGAAAUCUGACAGCACUGAAGAAAAACAGAUGACGACUAAGACAACUGGUGAAAAAGGCCUUGGUACCAAAGGCAACGUCGUCGCUUUCCUGGAAAGCAAAUCACGUCAAGCCAACGAAUAA